CUGUCAAUGUCAAUUUCAGAGAUCAAUCAAAAUCAAACGUUAUAGAAUUCACGCCAUACAAUCUAGUUUAAAUCUAAUCGUUUCGGUGUUCUCUAUAAAUUACUAUGUCUCUUCAAAAUCAAAAUCAGAAUCACUCGGGCCAGCGAUCAGCCAAACGAACCAAAUACUCGAAAGAUCCAAUUGACUUCUGCAAAGUUGGAGGACUGGCUCAUCACUUGGCUACUUUGAGGGAGGUGAUCAUUAUUCCUUUGCUUCAUAGCAAUGUAUUUGCUCAUUUCAAUAUGAAAGCGCCUAGAGGAGUAUUGUUUUAUGGACCACCAGGAACUGGAAAAACCUUGAUUGCUGCAGCUUUGGCGACAGAGAUAAAUAGGGAAGGAAUCGGAAAAGUGGCAUUUUUUGAAAGAAAAGGCGCAGAUGUCUUGGAUAAAUGGGUUGGAGGCUCAGAAAAAAACUUGAGAGACUUAUUCGACAAAGCUACCAAAUCAAGGCCUUCCAUUAUCUUCUUCGACGAAUUAGAUGGUCUAGCUCCAAUCAGAGACAAGCAAACUGAUCAAAUCCAUUCCAGCGUUGUAGCGACUCUGCUAGCUUUAAUGGAUGGACUGGAUAACAAACCAGGGCUUAUAGUAAUAGGAGCUACUAAUAGGAUAGAAGCUAUCGAUCCAGCUUUACGCAGACCAGGAAGGUUCGAUAAAGAGAUGUACUUUCCUCUUCCUGGAGUGGAAGCGCGUAGAGAGAUUUUGGAG